UGUUCGAAACGUCAAACGAGUGGUGCUAGAUUAUCGUCCUAUCUCUUUCAAAAUUCAUUUCCUCCUCGCACAGCAACCCGAAGGGCUGGACGGGCAAAUAUUUUAUUUAUUUAUUUGUGAACGAAGCUGCAAGCCCCAAUCGACCCAAUAGCAGAAGUUUCAUUCAUUGCGCUGCGCUGAAGGAAUCUGUUCCGUGGAUUCUGAAAGAGCAAAUCCUGCUACGUUGCAGCAAGGGCAAGAAAAUUGCCAGCUCCCUACCAUUAAGAAAAUCGAAAAGAUAACUGCCACGAUUGUAGAUACUCCAUUUAACUUCUCCCCUUUCACCAUCACCAUGGAGACCGCCGCUCCAACGGAUGCUGGAACGUUGAAAAAGAAACGAAAUCGAGCGCACAAGAAACCAAAACCAGACGCGAUAAAAAUCCCAGCGCAGUGCGGAACGACAAAUACUGCUCAAUUACAGAAAACCACAGUAGAAAAGGAGAAUAAUCCACCAAUAAGCACUUCCUCUGGAAAGACUACAAUAGAGUCUGAUCAGCGCCUUGAUAUUGAAGCGGAUGCUCCUGAGCUUUCCCGUAAACCAAGCCGUCGUCGUAAACGAAAGGCAAAAGGUGACAAAAAAGAUUCACAACUUGAGCUACAAUCGAUAACGGUUGAGGAAUUAUUUCCCCCCGGGAAUAUUGUUACACAAGCGGCGUGUCAGACACCACCGCAAACGCUUGAAACUGUACCGGAAAACGUGUCGGUUUCCCGGAAGCAGAUAGUCGAUACAGCAAAGUUCGUCGGUAUAAUAGACAUCGGUCCACGAGAACUUUUUCCGGUGGCCAACGAACCUACGACUUUGGUACAAAAUAUAACGUUUGAUGAAAUAUUCCCCGGUCCAGAAUUGUUCCAGUUCGACGCUGGAGGUACAAUCCCUGGAAAAUUAACUUUCGGUGAAUCGUAUGCCUUCAAACCGAUUGUCUUCGAAGCAAAGCCUGUAAAGCGUACGGUUGAAUACGUCCAGCAAGGUUUGCAGGAUAUAUCUGCUGAGCAGAUUUUCCCGAACUGUGUGUCAGUUGGAUUGAAAACGUCUUCGCAAGCUACAAGUCUACCCAUACAGCAAUCGGCAACCAUGAGUGAACGAUCUGCCGCGCCCGCCCCGGGUGCUAAAUCAGAUAAAACUCGGGAAGAAAUUCUUGCGGAGCGUGAAGCAAAGAAAGCAGCCAAGUUAGCCGCUAAAACUAAAAGCAAAAAUAAAGAAACACCAGCACAGGAGAAGCCGAAUGAAGCACCAGCACCAUCGACAAAGGCUAAGCAAGAACGACCGGUCAAACCGAAGGCUGAACCUACAGCAUCAGCUGAGUUGAAAAAAUCCAGCACGGAUGCAAGCAUUUGUGAAAAGAUGAAAGAUCUACAUAUAAGCGAUGGUCCUGCCCAAACCGAAGCAAAAGAACUUUCUAAAGCGGAACGAAAGGCACUGUUCGAGGCAAAAAAUCCUUCCCUCGUGGCAUCAGAGGGAGCAAAACCGGCCAAACCAACAUUAACGAAAGCCGAACGUCGUGCAAUCCAGGAAGCACAACGGGCCGCGAAAGCGGAUGCGCAACAAGUUAAGAAACGAGAAACAACCACGACCACACCCGCUUCUGAUAAACAAGAUCCGAAAAAGGUUCAGAAAAUAACCAGUGAACCUGCAAAAACAAAAGCUCCGGUUAAAAAAACUGUACCAACCGGUGGUGCGGGACUUGCCGGGACAACACCGCGUAAGCAUAUUGUUAAUUUGUUCAAUCACCUACACCAACCGAAAUUUGCCGCUACCGAAAUUGUUAAUUCGCCCGAAUUGCAUCCGGCUGUAACGAAGCUUGGUAUACAGUACGCUAAGGGAGCGGUCGUUGGAUCGAAAGCUCGCUGUCUCGCCCUGCUAAAGGUUCUAAACCAGCUGAUAGAAGACUAUGAGACACCGGCAGAGAAAGAGUUUGGUCGAAGUUUUGAGGAAAUGUUAAGCGUAUCCGCUAACCAUCUGCAGCGCUGCCGGCCUUUCUCCGUCUCGAUGACGAACGCGUUGCGACACGUAAAGAUGUGCGCACGUCAACUGGAUGGGAAGGUUUCCGUGUCGGAACAGAAAGAGUGUUUGCUAGAAUCGAUCGAAUCGUACAUCCGUGAUCAGAUCGAGAAAGCUGAAGAGGCAAUCUGCUGUUCGGUGCAGGAUAAGAUCUGUAAUGGGGAUGUUAUUUUGACCUAUGGCUGCUCCUCGUUGAUUAAACAUAUCCUGGAGGAAGCGAUUCGUCGCAAGAAAACCUUCCGCGUGAUAAUCGUGAAUGCACGACCGCGGCAGGAAGAAAAUGCAAUGCUGGAAGAGCUAGUCCAACUUGGUGUCAAGUGCAUGUGCGUGUUAAUCAAUGCGGUCAGCUACGUGAUGCCAGAAGUGACGAAAGUAUUGCUCGGCGCACAUGCUCUCCUGGCAAAUGGAUCCGUAAUGAGCCGUGUUGGAACAGCGCAGAUUGCACUCGUGGCUAAAUCCUACAACGUGCCCGUGCUCGUCUGCUGCGAAACGCACAAGUUUACCGAGCGCGUGCAAACGGAUGCAUUUGUGUACAACGAGAUCGGUAACCCUAACGAGCUCGUCCUUGCACCACAUACACGCGAUCAUCCCGAGGCAAAACCGAUGCUGGCUGACUGGGAAACGAUCACGUCGUUAACAAUUCUUAACCUUCAUUAUGAUGUCACGCCACCGGAACUGGUGACAGCAGUCGUUACGGAAGUGGCAAUAUUACCUUGCACCAGCGUCCCGGUAAUUCUCCGUAUCAAACCAUCCGAUGUAACGUAUUGAACUAUGAAGGGAUUCUAAGAGUAGAAAGGAAAUGUUUUCGCCAGUAACGAUUAUGACGACGAAGAUAAAGUAAUGUUAAAAAGGAAGAGAACCAAUUUAGGCUUUAUUGAAUGAAAGAAUUCAUUGCU